CGGAGUUCAGCCAUGUACAGGAGUGAGAGUGUGGGCCGAGCGGCCGAGUGAUGUGUGCGAGGAGAGCAGAGGGGAGAGCUCCAGGCACGAUGUACAGCGCCGCUGAGAAUGGGUUCACAGGAGAGUAGCUCCGAGAGCAGUGUGUAUUUCUCACUGAGCCCCUCAAUGCUGAACAGCAGCGCGGCUCCGGGCAGCGAGGGAGCGGCCGUCCGCAGGGAGCUCACCCAGCCCUGGAAGAUCAUCGUCAGUAUCGUCAUGUCGGUCAUGGUGCUGGUGACCGUGUUCGGGAACGUGCUGGUGAUCACGGCGAUCGCCCGCUUCCAGCGGCUGCAGACGGUCACCAACUAUUUCAUCACCUCGCUGGCCUGUGCGGACUUGGUGAUGGGGCUGAUCGUGGUUCCCUUCGCCGGGGUCCGCAGUAUCACCGGCGUCUGGUACUUUGAGAACUUCUGGUGCGACUUCUGGACCUCGCUGGAUGUGCUGUGCGUGACGGCGAGUAUUGGCACCCUGUGUGUGAUCGCCCUGGACCGCUACCUGGCCAUUACCUCGCCUUUCCGCUACCAGACGCUGUUGACCAAGUGCAAGGCUCGCCUGGUGGUGCUGGUGGUCUGGAUGGUAGCCGCUCUGACCUCCUUCUUACCCAUCUACAUGGGCUGGUGGAAGCUGAAUGAGACCGGUCCCCUGCAGUGCUACGCGGACCCCAGGUGCUGCGAGUUCUUCGUCAACAAAGAGUUCGCCAUCUCCUCUUCCAUCGUCUCCUUCUACUUGCCCCUGUUCGUCAUGAUCUUCCUGUACACCCGGGUCUUUCAGGAAGCCAGGCAGCAGCUGCAGAAGAUCAACAAGUGUCAGGGCCGCUUCCACAACAACAACUUGAACCAGCCUGUCCCUUCCGUCAACGGCAAAGCCGCCAAACCGGGGCAGAAAAGGACACCCAGGUUUCUCAAUCUGAAGGAGCACAAAGCUCUGAAGACGCUGGGGAUUAUAAUGGGGGUGUUCACCCUCUGCUGGCUGCCCUUCUUCGUGGUCAAUAUCGUCAGUGUCAUUUUUAAAGACAGCAUCUCUAACACCGUGUUCACUUUCCUGAACUGGAUCGGCUACUCCAACUCAGCCUUCAACCCGCUCAUAUACUGCCGCAGUUCGGAUUUCAGGCACGCCUUUAAGACGGUGCUGUGGGGCUGCCGGAGCUCGCCGCCGUCCACACACCACAGCAGUUACCCCAAUGAGAACCUUGUGCCGAGCGAGGAUCGCCUGGGGAACGGGCUGCCCUGCAGCCUGGAGGGCGCAGCGCCAGCAGCGGCAAACUGCAGCCCCCAGGCCGAUGCCAAUGAACGCAGGCUCCUGGACUCGGUCAUUUAAACGGAGGCUCAGCGACACUCACCGAGCCAGUGACACUCAGCAACAGGGAGGCACACCGAAACUCUCGGAAGACGAGAUGUUCCGACUCGAUUCCGCUUGUACUUUUCAUGCAUUCGCCUACCUCAUAACUCUGUGCACGCAGUGCAAGUACAUUGUGGUGAAAGUGUGUGACCCCCCUCUAGCCCUCGCCCCGCGGGAGAUGGAAGCCAGCUCAGUAAAAUAGGACAGUUCUUGAAUGUUGCUACAUGAGCAUUAACAGUGAAUGUUUACAACUCGCAUGACGCCUCUACACAAAGGCCAUGCCGACCCUACUGAAAGCAUUUUUUGCGCCCUCUUUAUCCCCUUGAGUGCUCAUUGGCACACCGUUUUAUA